AUGCACCCGGUAGAGCAGGCCCUUGAUCAGGCCAAACUGGACGAAGCGGCGGACAUCAAUGUAGCGCAGCACCUCGAGCCCGGCUUCUUGGUGGGCCCAAAGCCAUUCGAUGACGGUGCGCCCAGGGACGAACGAGGUCAUGAGCCUGACGAAGUGGAAAUUGCUAAGGCGGCGCCCACCGUGAGAGACGUACUCGGCGCAUUCGUCGAUCAUACCGUCGAUGUUCUUCACGAAAUCAUGGAUACCGGGCCGGGGCGCAUAGCAGGCUCCGAAGAAGAACAUGUCGAGGAGCAGAAUGGUGUCGUAGUAGAGGAGAUGACGGAGCGCUGUUUUGGCCAGGUCCACGGAGACGUGAGCAGCAUGGGCGAUGCGACGGACAUCAGAUACACCGUCGAUGUGAGAAAUUACUUUUUGAAGGGUGAGAUCCCAGGUCGGGUCGACGAUAUCGGAAAAUUUGGUUUUAGAGACCGGGACAUGCCAGCCUUUAACAGGUGGUGGGUUGGGAUACUCGUUCUGCUUUUCCAUUUCAGAAAAGGUCGCAGCAAGCCUCCUAACCACGGGUUCGUAGGCAGCCUGGUCGACAUCUGCCUCGACAAGCAGGCCGAAGUUGAAGAUGAAUUCGUUCCUCAUAUACUUAGUGUGAGGGAUGAGAACGGGGUACCCCAGGAUGGAGUACUUGCCCUCUGGGCAAUUGAUGGUGACAUAGCGAUUGCAGAAGGCCUGGCGAGGGAUGAUGUACUCAUGAAGGACGUCAAAGUCGACAAGAGGGGCCCUCGCAUUGCUGCUGGCGUUGGCGCCGGAUGUCGCAGAGUCGACUGA